UCUCGUUCGAAACCGAAUGGAUCAUCAUCGCGUGGGCGACGACGACGACGAGGACCUCGAAACCCUCGUCUCGCACCAGCGCCGGGAGCUUGUUGCCGCCAUGGAUGCCGAAUCUGACCUCGACUUUGCUUUCCGUCUCCAGCUUGAAGAAACCAUGGCCGCCUCACUCGCUCUACAACCCUCAUCCUCCGCCUCCCACCAAAAACUUGAGUGUACCCCUGCAUCCGCUGAUGAUGAGAUCUCUGGCGUCAUCGCCCUCCAAACCCUUGAGUUUGAUCGCUACGAGCAGGCGGUGAAGGACACGGAGCAGUGCCAUGCUGAGAUGCGCCAUAUCAAGGAAGACCUCCGCCGCCGCACGCACGACAUGCAGGUCGCGCAAGAGAUUGAUGACAUGCCGGAUGAUGAGUGGGAUAGUAUUGGGAAUGAGUAUGAGCGGCCGAUUGGGGUGGAGGAGGAAGUGCCGUUCAGGCUUUACUUCAAGGGUAUGUCGAGCCAGGACAUGGUUCAGGGCGUGCCGGUCCAAUAUGCUGCAAUUGCGAUUGCGAUCUGUGAUCAGAGGGAUGAACUCGUGCUCAAGAUUCAGAAGCCAGUGGCCAGUGGAAUCUGCCAUAAGAUGCUUGAGGCCAAUGCUUUGAUUGAGGGCUUGAAUGCUGUAAUUUCACUGGGGAUCAAAAGGGUAAACGUGUUCUGCGACUUCAAGGCGCUUCACAAUCAUGUAAUAGGUAAAUGGGCUGUGAAGCAACGUAAGGUGGCUAAUUUGAUCGAUCAAAUUAAAUUGCUUCAGAGAAAAGUUGAAAGUUGCGGAAUGUUUUUAGUGCCAAGAUGUCAUGUCAGAUUUGUGUUUCAACUUGUAAGGGAUGCAAUAGAUGCUCAGAUCAGAAAAAAUGUUGAGCAGAAUAACUGUAAGGUUCCGGCUGAAACAUGCAGCAUCUGUUUGGAAGAUACAGAUUCUUCACAAAUGUUUGUGGUUGAUGGCUGCUCGCAUCGCUUUUGUUUUUCCUGUAUGAAGCAGCAUGUGGAAGUGAAGUUACUACAUGGUAUGCUCCCUUGUUGCCCUCGUGAAGGCUGCAACAAGGGGUUGAAUUUGGAUGGUUCAAGGAAAUUCCUAUCACCCCGACUGCUUGAGAUUAUGGCACACCGUUUGAAGGAAGCAUCAAUUCCUCCAACAGAAAGAUUGUAUUGCCCAUAUCCACAAUGCUCUGCUUUAAUGUCUGUAAGUGAAGCAGCAAAGUGCUCUCAGCAAGAAUCCUCCUCGAAGCAACAGUUUGGUGAUACAUCUGGGCUCAGAAAAUGUGCUAAAUGCACUCGUAAUUUCUGUAUUAAGUGCAAAGUCCCGUGGCAUGACAGAGUGUCAUGCCGUGAUUACAAAAGGUUGCACCCAUUCCCUCGUGCUGAGGAUGCAAAACUACAAUUCCUUGCGAGAGAAAAACUGUGGCGGCCGUGUAUAAAAUGUGGCAAUAUGAUAGAACUAGCUGAAGGUUGCUUUCAUAUAACAUGCAGAUGCGGGUACGAAUUUUGUUACACUUGUGGAGCUGAAUGGAGGGAGAAGAAGGCGACUUGUAACUGUCCGUUGUGGGAGGAGGACAACAUUUGGUUCGACGAAGAUGAAGAUGAUGAAGAUGAUGACUUUUCUGAUGAGGAAGAUGAUGAUUUUUGAGGAAAAUCUAUUUUGAGAAUAUAUCUGAUAGUUUGGUCAUUUUGUUCCCUAGCUUUAGUGCAUCUAAGUCUUUGUUUCUGGAUCUUAUGAUAGACUGCAAUCCACUGAACAAUGGACACGCCCUCUAAAGUUUAAGCAAAUCUGGUUUUGGUUUAAAGUCCCAGCGGUGGUUUGUUGCUGAACUAAGGACAUGCAUAGGAUAAUGGUACUCUUGCAAUCUGCUUGACUUUUUGCAAAUUUA